ACUGCGGACAGCGUUAUAUCCGGGAGAGCUCGUGUCGGCUGCUUCCUGCGCACAUGUGCGAGUCUCUGCUGCCUGACCCGGGGUUCUGUGAUCACAAUGCAGCGGAAGAAGAUUGAUAACCGUAUCCGGGUGCAGAUUGAGAACGGAGUGGCCGAGAAAUUCAGAAGUUUGUUUGUAAUUGUGGGAGAUCAUGGAAAGGAUCAGGUGGUCAUUCUGCAUCACAUGCUCUCCAAAGCUGCCGUCCGAGCCCGGCCCUCGGUUCUUUGGUGUUAUAAGAAGGAACUGGGCUUUAGUAGCCACAGGAAGAAAAAAAUGAGGAAACUGCAGAAAAGGAUAAAGAGCGGCUCACUGAACAUCAAUGAGGACGACCCCUUCGAGCUUUUUAUCGCAGCCACCAACAUCCGUUAUUGUUACUAUAAUGAGACUCAUAAAAUCCUGGGGAACACUUAUGGCAUGUGUGUAUUACAGGAUUUUGAGGCCCUGACGCCCAACUUGCUGGCCCGUACGGUGGAAACGGUGGAGGGUGGUGGUCUUGUCAUUCUCCUCCUGCGCACAAUGAGUUCACUCAAGCAGCUGUACACUAUGACCAUGGACGUUCACUCCCGGUACAGAACGGAAGCGCAUCAGGAUGUGGUGGGGCGCUUUAACGAAAGGUUCAUUUUGUCCCUGUCCUCCUGUAAGAACUGCGUGGUGAUAGAUGACCAGCUGAAUAUACUGCCCGUCUGCAGCCACAUUGCCAACAUCACUCCCAUUCCACCCAAGACGCAGGAAACGACCCUCCCCCCUGACGAGCAGGAGUUGCAGGAUGUGAAGCUGAGUCUGCAGGACACUCAGCCUGUGGGGGUUCUGGUGGAGAACUGCAAAACCUUGGACCAGGCGAAGGCCUUGCUAAAAUUUAUUGAAUCUGUAUCGGAGAAGACUCUUCGUAGUACUGUGACCCUGACGGCAGCUCGAGGUCGUGGGAAAUCGGCCGCUCUGGGGCUGGCGAUAGCUGGCGCUGUGGCGUUUGGGUACUCGAAUAUCUUUGUCACCUCUCCGAGCCCUGAUAACCUGCACACCCUGUUUGAGUUCAUCUUUAAAGGAUUUGACGCACUGCAGUACCAGGAGCACCUGGACUACGAGAUUAUCCAGUCCCUGAACCCCGAGUUUGAGAAAGCGGUUGUCCGAGUGAAUGUGUUCAAGGAGCACAGACAAACCAUCCAGUAUAUCCAUCCGGGGGAUGCAGUGAAGUUGGGACAGGCGGAACUGGUGGUGAUUGAUGAAGCUGCAGCGAUUCCCCUGCCUCUCGUGAAGAGUCUCAUGGGCCCAUACCUGGUUUUUAUGGCAUCUACCAUCAAUGGGUACGAGGGAACCGGACGCUCUCUGUCUCUGAAACUCAUCCAGCAGCUCCGGCAGCAGAGUGCGGACAGUCAGAUAUCCAUAACGGCUGAGAACAAGUCCACCAGCACCCAGCGGCUGGCGUCAGCCCGGACCCUACAUGAAGUCUCCCUGCAGGAGUCUAUACGUUACGCUCCCGGGGACCCUGUGGAGAAAUGGCUGAAUGACCUGCUGUGUUUAGAUUGUCUGAACAUCAGCAGAAUGAUUUACGGCUGUCCCAUCCCCCAGACGUGCGACCUAUACUAUGUGAACCGCGACACCCUGUUCUGCUACCACAAGGCCUCCGAGUCUUUCCUGCAGAGAUUGAUGGCGCUCUACGUUGCCUCGCACUACAAGAAUUCUCCAAAUGAUCUGCAGCUGCUGUCUGAUGCCCCCGCCCAUCACAUUUUCUGCCUCAUCCCCCCCGUUCCUCCCACCCAGAAUUCCCUGCCUGAAGUCCUGGCGGUUAUCCAGGUCUGUCUGGAGGGAGAGAUUUCCCGUCAGUCCAUCAUGAGCAGCCUGUCACGUGGGAAGAAAGCUUCCGGGGAUCUCAUUCCCUGGACGGUUUCUGAACAGUUUCAAGAUCCGGAUUUUGGCAGUCUGUCUGGAGGAAGAGUUGUGAGAAUUGCUGUCCAUCCGGACUACCAAGGGUUCUUCUGCUACAAAACGGCCACAGCCGUUGCCGCUAUAACUUUUCCAGAGGAGGAGUUGGAGACAUCCCCAUUGGAGAAGGGGGAAGUAGACCCAGAGUGGGGCGAGUUUUCGGCCUGGGAAUAUGAGGAGUUUUCUACUAGCUCAGGUGUUAGAUUGCUGAUAUAA